GACAGGAUGUGGUGCUGGGGUCUCCUGAUCGUGGCCUCGGGCUUGUUCGGUCCAGCCAUGGGCUUCUUCAGACGGAUCUCUCUCAAGAAGAUGCCCUCAAUCCGGGAAUGUAUGCGAGAACAGGGCCAGGUCACCAGGAAGAUGGACAAUGAACUAGGCCUCUCUGCUGGACCAGGGUCCCUUGAAAACAUGACAGUCCCCAUGCUUCUCACCAACUACCUGGACGCGCAGUACUUUGGCGAGAUUGGCAUUGGCAGCCCAGCUCAGACCUUCAAAGUCAUCUUCGACACCGGUUCUGCCAACCUUUGGGUACCUUCUGUCAACUGCCAGCCUAUCCACUCUGCCUGUGAAACCCAUAACCUCUACGACGCCUCCCAAUCGCAGACCUACAUGGAAAACGGAACCCAAAUCACCAUCAGCUACGUCUCGGGGACAGUGAAAGGAUUCUUGAGUCAAGACUUGGUGACUAUUGGCGGGAUCCCAGUCAUUCAGAUGUUUGCCGAGAUCACGAGCCUGCCCACUUCCUCCUUCAUGUAUGCCAAGUUUGAUGGGGUGCUGGGCAUGGGCUACCCCACCCAAGCCAUCGGCGGCAUCACACCCGUGUUCGACCACAUCCUCACCCAGCACGUCCUGAAGGAAGAUGUCUUCUCUGUCUACUACAGCAGGAAUUCCAAGAAUGACCACCUGGUGCCCGGCGGAGAGAUCAUACUGGGAGGAAGUGACCCGUCCUAUUACCAAGGCGACUUCUACUACCUGGAUGUCAGCAAGAAGGGCUUCUGGCAGGUCAACAUGAAGGGGGUGUCUAUAGAUCGCACUCUACAGUUCUGCCAGGAGGGCUGUGCCGCCAUGGUUGACACCGGGGCCACGCUCAUCACUGGCCCAGUGAAGGACGUGAAGCACAUGAUGGACAUCCUCGGGGCUCAGACAAUAGGAGGAAACAUGUAUGCCGUGGACUGUAAGGAGUUGGCUCAGCUCCCUGACAUCUCUUUCCACCUCGGAGGAAGAGUCUUUCCACUCAGCAGCUCAGACUAUGUCCUCCAGGAUUCUGACUUCAACGACGUCCUCUGCCCCUUGGCCUUCAAAGGAGUCGACGUUCAUCCUCCUCUUGGGCCCCUCUGGGUUCUGGGUGCCAGUUUCAUCCGCCGCUACUACAUCGAGUUUGACCGGCAAAAUAACCGCAUUGGCUUCGCCAUGGCCCGUUGAAGGAGGCUGGAUGGAACCCAGCAGCCGGGCAGGCCCAGGGGUCCGGCCCUGGGAGGGCACAGUGAGUCCAGAUCUAUCUCUUUGGAGAUGGCGGAGACACUGUCCACUUUCCUGGCAUCCACCUCUGUCCCUGGCCAACCGUCUUCUUCAGACUCAGCUCCUCACCCUCUGGCCUCCUCUUUGGGAGCCCAGACUUUAGGAAACUUCACUGUGGUUCCCCUCUGCCUCUCGCUCCCCAAAACUCCACUCAAUUAUCGCCAGGAUUUGGAGUGCUUUCUCUCACUCUCUUUCUGUCCCUGUUUCUCUUUCCCAUUUAUGUUCUGUUCCUCUGAUUGGUGUGGGGAAGAGAAAUAAGUCUUCAGUAUUGCUUGUCUGCUGUCUCUCCCCUCAGUCUCUCUCCUGCACUGAUUAUAAAUUGAAUAAAGUCUUUCUGCUCAGA